UCUAAUUAAAAAGUUAAGAUAAAUAGUUUUUUCUUAACUUUUCGUCAUGAUCCUCAAGAUACUCCUUACUCUUACUUUAUACUGGAUAUAUUUAGUUAGAGUAAGAUGUGAAACGGUGCCAGUAGACUUUGAGAAUAAUGAUUAUUAUCAUUUUCAUUUCUCAGAAGAUGUUGAUAUUGAAGAGUUUUCGCGGGCGAUAGGAUUCAAAUAUCAUAUGAAAGUAGAAUAUCUGGAUAACCACCAUAUAUUUUUUAUAGAAAAGAGUGUUUUAGAAGACGAAAUUAAAGAAAAAAUUGAGAAUUAUUUCAGUUUAGAAAAAGGAAGAAAUGCAAUAAAUGGGUUUAAUAGUGACAAGCUUUUUUAUUAUGAGAAACAAAAAUUGGUCAAGCGAGAAAACAGGGCUCUGAUAAGAGACGAUAUAUAUUUUGAUAACCAAGAUCUUUAUAAUGAUGAAGUUGUCAAUAAUGUUGUAAAAGAUCCGAUGGGAGAUCAGGCAGAAAAACCGACGGAAAAUCAGGCAGAAAACCGGGCGGAAAAUCUAACACAGAAGUUAGAGGAAAUUAAAAAACAAUUAAAUAUAAGUGAUCCUUGUUUUGAUAAACAAUGGUAUUUGUUCAAUACGAAAGACCCUGGUGUAGAUAUAAAUGUUACAGGUGUAUGGUUACAAGGAAUAACGGGAAAAAAUGUAACAGUUGCCAUUGCAGAUGAUGGUCUAGAUUAUACUAACCAGGAUUUGGCACCAAAUUAUAAUGCUAACGCUUCAUAUGAUUUUGAUUCUAAAGAUUUCAACCCAAAACCUGAGAAGCCUGAUGAAAGUCAUGCUACUAAAUGUGCAGGAGAAGUGGCGGCUGCCAGGAAUACUCUGUGUGGGCUUGGUGUUGCAUAUGAAUCUAAUAUUUCAGGAAUACGAUUUUUGUCUUCUUCUCAUGCGUUUAUUCUUGAGAAAGAUGCUGUUAGUUAUAAACCGGAUGUUAAUCAUAUUUAUUCUUGUAGCUGGGGACCUUCUGAUAAUGGAGAUGUAGCUAUGCCAAUGUUUCCUACUACUUAUUCUGCAAUUAUUAAAGGGAUAAAAGAAGGAAGGAACGGUCUUGGGUCUAUAUAUGUUUUCGGAUCAGGAAAUGGUGGGCAUUUUGAUGAUUGUAAUUACGAUGGAUAUGCAAAUAGUCCAUAUACUGUUACUAUCGCUUCUAUAGAUUCAGAAGAUAAAAAUCUUUAUUUUUCAGAGUCAUGUCCUUGCAUUUUGGCUUCUACAUAUUCUGGCGGAGAAAAAGGAUAUAUUUAUACUACGGAUGUUGGUACGACAAAUUGCACUACUGAACAUUCUGGAACUUCUGCUUCUACAGCGAUUGCUGCGGGUAUUAUUGCUCUUGUUCUUUCAGUGAAUCCUAAUCUUACAUGGCGUGAUGUUCAAGCUUUGAUUGUGGAAACAGCUGUUCCAUUUAAUAUGAAGGAGUAUGAAUGGGAUAAACUUCAUUCUGGACGUUAUUAUAAUAAUUUUUUCGGUUAUGGAAAACUAGAUGCAUAUAGAAUGGUCGAAAAAGCAAAAACAUUUAAAACAUUAAAUGCUCAGACAAUGUUUUCAACUCAACUAAUACAUGUUAAUAUGAAAUUUCCUGAACCCAGUAGACGUAUCACGAGCAGUUUUUAUAUUCAUCGUGGAUAUCCUAAGCAUUAUAACUUUAAAAGUUUGGAAUAUGUUGGUGUUUCAUUUUAUUAUAAACACCGAAUAAGAGGUUCUCUGGAGUUUAAAAUUACCAGUCCAUCUGGAGUUACUUCAAAAUUAACACGUGUACGUUUUCGUGAUAAUAAAAGUGGCACUUUUCGUUGGAUUUUUACGACUGUAAAGCAUUGGGGAGAAGGCAUUGUAGGUAAAUGGACUAUCGAUGUUAGAGAUAAAAAUAUGUGGGAUGAACAAGGUUAUAUUUUUAAUUGGCAACUUCAUUUUUUCGGAGAGUCUAUUGAUUCAAAUAAAGUACCAGUUCUUUCAUAUCCUUUUACGCAUAAACAACCAACUACUACGCCUCCGCCAGAUCCAGAUGCUACGCCUCCACCAGAUCCGGAUGCUAACCUUCAGCCAGAUUCAAAUGCUGACCCUCAACCUCAACCAGAUGUUAAGCCUCUGCCUUCAUCAGAUCUUGAGCCUCAACCUUCAUCAGAUCCUGGGUCUCCGCCUUCAUCAGAUUCUGAGUCUCCGCCUUCAUCAGAACCUGGGUAUCAACCUCCAUCAAAACCUGGGCCUCAACCUCCAUCAGAACCUCCGCCUCAACCUCCAUUAGAUCCUCGGCCUCCAUCAAAACCAUAUCCUAACCCUCCAUCAGAUCCUAGCUCUCAGCAAGAUCCAGAUACUUCGCUUUCAUCAAAUCUAACUUCUACAUCUUCAUCAGAACCACCACCACUACCGCCACCACCGCCACCUGCACCUACACCACCGCCACCUGCACCUACACCUGCACCACCUCCACCGCCGCCGCCACCACCAUCUCGGCCGGAACCACAACCACAACCGCGACCAGAACCACAACCACAACCACCAAAACCACCACAACCAGAGCCACCUGCACCUCCACCAAAACCACAACCAGAGCCACCUGCACCUCCACCAAAACCACAACCAGAGCCACCUGCACCUCCACCAAAACCACAACCGGAACAAAAACCAACAUCAAUAACUUCAUCUACAUCUACGACUUCAUCGAGCAAAACUAAAAUAUCAACCACUCGAAAAGCUUCAUCUACUAAAACUUCAUCUACUACAAAAACUUCUACACGGCCGUCUCCUACUAAGGGCACUUCUACUGGAUCAGGUGCUUCUCAUCUUUCAUUCUUCGAAAAAAGGCAUUUGUUACUUCAAAUGAUAUUAUUGUUAUUCUUUUUCUUAUUUUUGGGUUACUCUUUUUAACCUAUAGGAUUUUUAAGAAAACGGACAUCUCAGUGAUAGACUUUCU